AUGUGAAGAUGUCAAUAACCAGACAAAAGAUCUUAGGCUUAUAUAGAGAAUUAUUAAAAUAUGGAAAGAAUUUGAAGUAUACUGAUAAAGCAUAUUUUUUAAACCGUGUGAAAACAGAAUUUAAUGAACAUAAGAAUCUUCAAAGUACAGAAGAAAUAAAUUUUCAGUUUAAAAGAGGAAAAAAUUUCUUAAAGAAUAAAAGAUUGCUUUGAAGAUAAUAACAUAUUCUUAUGACUUUUCUUUUAAAACUACCAAUGAACAUCACAAAAUCUCCACUUUCUGUGUUUUUAAAUACUUUUAAAUACAGAAGUACCAUAGAUUAUUCAAAAUUUCCUGUUUUAAAUGAAAAGGAGAUAGAUGAACAGUUCAUUCAAGGACAUGGCCCUGGAGGUUCAAAUGUAAACAAAUCUUCAAAUUGUGUUCUUUUGAAACAUAUACCUACAGGUAUAGUAGUCAAAUGCCAUGAAUCAAGGCUUUUGCAAAGAAAUCAAGAAAUUGCAAGAGAAAUGCUUUGUAGAAAAUUAGAUGAAUUUUUAAAUGGAGAUAUGAGUGUUUCAGCCCAAAAAAAACGCAUUGAAAAACAGAAAUUUUUAACAAAACAGAAGAAGAAUGAAAAAUUGAGAGAGUUAAAAAAGAAAUUUUCAAGUAGUAAUGUUGAAGAAUAAUUUAUGUAGUUAAAAAGAUAUUAUCCUUUUGUAAUAAACACUAUCAUUAUACAUUUUA